CGGUUUGCAAAAAAUACCGAACUCCUUUACUGAACUGAAAGAUACUACGAAUAGUACCAUUACGGACUACAAAAAGAAAAUCAUCUUCUGGACAUAGUGAAGCAACGUUGCGACCUGAGCAUCCACCACAKGAUCAAUCCUGACACUGUUCGCUAUAGCUUUUUUCGACAAAUAUUGCGUUGGGUUUGGUGCGACCAACUUUAAUCAGGAUCGAAUUGGAUUGAAUUGAAGCGAAGCGAAGCAAAAGCAUCAUACGCAACAGCAAUUACAGCAAUGCCUCUCAGUCGCAAUCAUUCACAGAAUGCAGGUCCCACSAUCGCAAUCGCGGCAAUAGGAUUCGCGCUUCUAUUUUUCAACACCCAAAUGCCAAGACGAACGUUUCGGAAUGUCGUGUCGCAAACAGCAUUCGAAUACGAAUACGCCGACAUCAAUUCGCACGGCGAGAGCAAUGGAUACGACAACGAACGCAGUAAUGGUCUCCCAUACCGUCACGACAACCAGCACGAUUACGACUCGGGAGGAAAUAKAACUUCUAACAGUUUCAGUACUAACACUAGUAGUGCCAACAGAGUCGUCUCCAUCUCGAGCAGCAGACCAGASAAUAACGAUGCUAUUGUAGAUACAACUACGAGCAACAGUACGAAUCGUCGCAGCUCGCCCGUGAAAAAUGAUAAUGCCACUUCUACGACCACCAAAAACAGAAGAGGAGAAUUUCUAUCUACUAUUGUAAACACUUCCUCGCUGGAGAUCCACGACAGUAUUGGGAAUUCUACGUAUUUGAGUGAACCCCCCUCCAGAAACGAUGCCAACGGUUCCAGCACCGAUCUCAAAUUUACAGUAGACAAURAAGAUUCGAAACGAAUACCGAUUAAGAAUGGAUAUGCAGCAACAGAGCACACAAGUGCAAGCAAAACAAAAAACGAAUUAGCGUCUCAAUUAAAAAAUACGACAAUAGAGAGCAAUUUUGCGACGACGUCGWCGWYGACGACGACGACGACAAGUGCAAUCAUAAACUGGACAACUUGGASAAACGCAACGGAAAUGGAAGACGGAAACAUUCAGAUCGAAUUUUUCCGUCCGCGGUCAAAUAGUACUGAAACAAACGCAUCAAUUGCAUCGCGACAAGGAAUGGCGGCUUGUCUAAUCAAUCUCGAGGACACCAUCCGGUUGGCGGAAUGGAUCCCUUACCACUUUGCCACUCUUCCGCUAACGGGUCUGGUGAUCGCCCUAGAUCCCAAAACCUCACAGCGUGGUGCUCGCCGCACACUAGAGCUCAUCAAUCUUUGGAGGGAUAAAAUCGAAAUUACACUCUGGCCGGACUACAAGUUUGCAGAAUCKAAGCGGUUUCGAACAGGGCAGUCCUACGUACGGGAGCGGCAGGUAUAUUUUGCUAAUCGGUGUCUGUCCUAUCACAAGAUUCAGAAUCGAUCCUGGACGCUCUUGACAGACAAUGACGAGUACCUUGUCUUCAACUACAUUCACGACGACGAGAUCAUCAAGUACGACCAUCCGGGCUCUAAGAAAGGAAAAGUCAAGAAAGUCAUCGACAAAAACCGGAAGCGCUACAUGCCACUUCGAUCAAGCCUACCGCCACAAAACCAGUCCACGGUGCAUGCAUUUCUCGAACAACUCCAGCGCGAUUACGAUUACAAUACUACUUUGAACGACACGAAGAAAAAGAAGAAGGGAAAAGAUUUCCUUCCCCGCUGUGUCCGGUUCCCAGGAAUCCACUACGGAGGGAAUAGAGGACUGCUGCGAGACCACCAAUCCCCCGCGGCGUUCAAUAGCAAAAAUGUCGGUGAUGCCACAAUCAUCGAUCCCKCCCUCCUUUCGACAUAUCGGGACGUACACCACGACAAGCGGAAAAGCAAGUUUAGCAAGGUUAUGAUCGACGUGAGUCGGGUUUCCUUGGAAACCUUCGAGUGGACCCCUAAAAACGCCAGGAACGCRAAGACCAUUCACAACCCCUCGAGGGUUUGUGGAUACAACGGCAGCCACGACUCUGGAGCGGACUAUUACUCAUCRCUCUUUCGGUUGAACCACUACCUGGGUAGCCUGGAGUCCUUUAUGGAGCGCAGCGCCGACUACCGAAAGAAGCGAACCAACGAGGGCUACGCCAAGAAGGCCGCCAAGGUGAAUACCACAGAACACGGAGACUGGUGGGAUCGAGACGUCGGGUUGUGGGUCGACCUCCUCGUCCAGCGGCUUGGGGGAGGCGCUGUAGAAGCGAAACGGUUGUUGGCACCCAUCGCGAAGUACACGAACGCAACUAUGGCGCUUGGCACGAACCACAGUUAUCAUACCGUGUAGARGUCAAAUAAUGCAAUCGAAURCAA